AUGGAUAAGUCAUGGAUUAUUAAGCCACAAUCAUCGAUUGCGUAUCAAAAAGGGAUACAAGAAUUUAUUGAUUUUGCAUUUAAAGGUGCAAAAGAAAACGACGUAGUAAUAUGUCCUUGCAAACGUUGCGGUUUCAGAAAAUUAAAGAGUAGGAGUGACAUGUUCGACCACUUAAGUUGGUCACCAUUUCCGCAGGGAUACACCAUGUGGAUCCAUCACGGAGAGUCUUUUGUACGAUCUAGUACUAUCUCCCCUAGUACUACUCCAAGUAUGGUAGAAGAUACUAACAUUGUCGAAGAACCUAUUCAGAACAUGAUCAACGAUGCAUUUGGAGUUUAUGGGAAUCAUGCAAAUGAAAUACCAUCUGCGUCAAAUUUGGAGAUUGAACAAGAAGAUUAUGUGAUGCCAAGAUCAACUCAGGAAAGAACUGAAGCCAAGGAGUAUUAUGAGUUGGCUAGAGAAGGAGAACAACCUUUAUAUGAAGGGUGUAGACGAUAUUCAAGACUAUCUUUUUUGGUUAAGUUGUACCAUAUAAAGUGUUUAUGUGGAUUGAGUGAGAAGGCAAUGACAAUGAUUUUAGAGUUAAUAAAAGAUGCAUUUGAAUAUGCAAACAUUCCAAGUUCAUUCUAUGAAGCCAAGAAAUCAAUCACAAAACUUGGUUUGAAUUAUGUAAAGAUACCCGCAUGUCCAAACGGUUGGUUGGGUUCACUUUCUGGGUGGAACACAUACACAGGACUUGCUUGCCCAUCGUGUAACUUUCAAACUACACCUCUCCGUCUUAAAGCUAGUCGUAAAUGGUGUUUUAUGGGUCAUCGUCGUUUCCUUGAUCGGAGACACAGGUUUAGAUUGAACAAGAUCCGCUUUAAUGGUGAACAAGAAAUGCGGAGUCCACCGAGAACAUUAUCUGGACAUGAAGUUUUUGAAAAGGUUAAAGAUGUUGAAGUCAUCUUUGGUAAAAAGGCAGUGAAAGAAAAAUCAGUAAAAAGAACACGUGAGGAACAACCUAUAGAAGGUGAUAGUACACAAUGUGAUCCUACAAAAGUUGAAGCCUUUUGUGAGACAAUGACUACAACAUAUGAGAAUAGUCGCCUCAAAAGAAUUGCAGAGAAUAAGAAAAAGUUAGCGGCUCUCAAUCUUCCUACACUCUCUCAAUCCCUUCACAAAUCAUCAGAGCCUUCUUCCAAACCAUCACUGUCUGUGAAGGGCCGUUCAAGGUUUGUACAACCUGGAGAGCUUGAAGUAAAUAAGAAGCGCCUACGUUCAAUUACAACUCGCAAAUCAUCAAUAACCCCUCCACCAAUGGAAACUACAAUAACCCCUCCACCAAUGGAAACUACAAUAACCCCUCCGUCAAUCCAAAUUGCAAAAGAUGUUGUGGUAGAAGAUGAGGAUGAAGAUGACAUGGUAGGAGAUGAGGCUGAUGAUGUUGUGGUAGGAGAUGGGACUGGAGAUGUUGUAUUAGGAGAUGAGGCUGAAGAUGUUGUGGUAGGAGAUGAGGCUGAAGAUGAUGUGGUGGGAGAUGAGGCUGAAGAUGUUGUAUUAGGAGAUGAGGCUGAAGAUGUUGUGGUAGGAGAUGAGGCUGAAGAUGUUGUGGUAGGAGAUGGGACUGGAGAUGUUGUUAAAGUGGCUAAAUCUGAGUAUUGGGAUGUAAAUGUCAUUAACGAGGAAGGUUAUGUUUCAAACACACGUUUAUGUGUGAAAGACUUGGUUGCGAAAUCAGAGCCUGAUGGAACAUGGAUAAUACUUGAAUUCAAUAAGAAUGAUUGUGCAGUAGGACCGGCUUCUGGUUUGCUAGCAGGAUAUUUGGGUAUAAUUAUUAUAAUGUUUAGAGAUAUUCCCAUAAUGUUUGAGAGUUGGAAGAAUGUUCCAGCAGAUACAAAAACAAAUUUUUAUGAAUCAAAGAUAAAGCGCCAUUUUCUUGUGGAUGAUGGGCGUGACAAAGAUUUUGUACUUGCUUCUGCUGCAAGGAAAUGGAAGGAUGCCCGACAUACAUUGUUUCACGAAUUUUAUAGAUGGGAUCUCCCUUUGGAGGAAAAUAUUCAAAAUUAUCCAAAAUGCAGAGGCAUUCCUGAAAAUGACUGGGCUGUUUAUGUUCAAUAUAGGCGGAAAGAAAAAACACAGAAAAUAUCCCAAAAAAAUUCCCAAAAUAGAGCAAAAUUGAAGGCUCCGCAUACACUCGGAUCUAAGUCGCUUGCAAGGAAGAAACAUGAGUUGGAAAUGAGAGAUGGACGAACAUACAACAGAGGAAAAAUGUAUGCAGUUUCUCAUAAAAAGCCUAACGGGUCAUUUAUCAAUGAAGAUGCAUACAACAAUAAUAAAAAAUUACAAGCUGCAAUUAAGGAUUCUGUGUCUGAAAAUGAGGCAUUUCAGAAAGUAUUUGGAAAAGAAAAGCAUGGAUAUGUUCGUAGUAUGGGACUUGGAGUUACACCAUCUCAAAUUAAUAGAUAUACGAGAUCGACAUCUUCUUCUGCAGAAAGUGAACAAAUAAAGGAAAUGCAAGAAGAAAUUAAUGCACUUAAAGAAAAGAAUUCAAAAAUUGAUGAAUUAACACAGACAAUCAUAUUCUUAAUGCAAAUGGACAAGGCGAGGACAAAGGAAAUUGAACUCUUAAUGCAAAUGCAGAAUUCUAGUGGAAGACAGGGAUUGGAAUCACCCGCUGAUGGUAGACGUUCAUCUGAGUCUAGCUACCGUAUUGGAGAUAAUGGAACUUCAGGGGGGACAAAUUAG